AUGUCCAUGGGUAGAAUGUCAAGUUCUCAUCAUCCUUGCUUGAGCGAGAGCUUCUUCAUACUCACUCUACUGCAUCUCUUACUGCCAUCCGUCUGUUCGCUUUUCUUCAACAAAACCUACUUCUAUCCCAACGAUGCCGACAUAGCAUACCAAGGAGAUGCGUCGGCACCUUCAGGAGCAAUCAACCUCACCAAGGUCGACCAUCCGUUCCUUGUAGGCCACGCCAUAUACGCUCAACCUGUGCAAUUGUGGAAUUCGUCCACCGGCAAAGCCACGGAUUUCACUACUCACUUCUCUCUUACCAUCAACCCCCGUAACUCGACUUUGUUCAGCGGUGGCAUUGCGUUCUUCCUUGCUCCUUUCGGUUUUCCCCUCCCGCCCAACUCGGCCGAUGGGUAUUUGGGACUGUUCAACACAAGCACUUUUAAUACCUUGGCAACUAAUAACCAGAUAGUGAUGGUCGAGUUCGAUACAUUCUCUGACAAAGGGUGGGAUCCUGAUGGGCAGCAUGUUGGGAUCAAUAACAACUUGAUCAGGUCUGUAACGACUUUCCCCUGGAAUGCCGCCAUCACCAGUGGAGAACCAGCAGAUGUUUCAAUAAGUUACAAUGCCACCGCCAAGAAUCUUAGUGUGUCCUGGACAUACAAGCAAAACCGCGCCUCCACAGGAUCGCUAUCCUAUCCAAUCGAUCUAACGAAAGUCCUCCCGGAGUUUGUCACAAUUGGGUUUUCAGCAGCCACCGGUAAUAACAGCGAGAACCACAUCAUCAAUUCAUGGGAGUUCUCCUCAAAUUUGGACGGGAGGCCAUUUAACGAAAGUCCUCCCGUAGUUAGUCACAAAAAAGGGCACUUUUCGACUGCAAAACUCGUAGCAGUUAUUGUUGCUCCAAUCUUUGUUUUGGUGCUUCUUGUUGGACUCGCCUGGUGGAUCGUGAAGACGAGAUUCAAAAAGGGCGAUGAGCAAAGGGAAGACAGGAGGCGUGUAUACGAUGGUUUGGCCCUCAACAUGGACAUCCAAAGAGGAGCCCUGCCUAGACAGUUCUCUUAUCAAAUGCUGAGAACUGCAACGAACCGCUUUGCACUUGAUCGUAGACUGGGCCAUGGUGGAUCAGGGCACGUUUAUAAGGGAAACUUGGGUAAUCAAGGCCAAGUUGUCGCUGUCAAGAGAAUAUUUGCACAGCACGAAAACUCCGAGAAACUCUUCAUCAAUGAAGUGAAGGUAAUUAGCGGCCUGGUGCACCGGAACCUGGUGAAGUUCAUCGGAUGGUGUCAUGAAAGAGGUGAGUUUAUGCUCGUUUACGAGUACAUGCCUAAUGGUAGCCUCGACAUGCAUCUAUUCGGAAAUGGGAGGAUGCUCCAGUGGGAAGCGAGGUACAGUAUAGCCCUGGGAUUGGCCUCAGCCCUUCACUAUCUCCAUGAAGAUGCAGGCCAAUGCGUGCUUCACAGGGACAUCAAAUCGGCUAAUAUCCUGUUAGACACAGACUUCAGCACCAAGCUCGGCGACUUUGGCGUUGCCAAGCUAGUGGACCCUCUAUUGAGGACGCAAAAGACGGGAGUGGUCGGGACUCUAGGCUACUUAGCUCCAGAGUACUUAAAUGAGGGGAGGGCAAGCAGAGAGUCCGACAUGUUCAGCUUCGGGGUUGUGGCCCUGGAGAUCGCUUGUGGUAGGAGGACUUAUGAAGUCGAAGAGUUUCAGGUCCCGCUGAUCAGAUGGGUCUGGCAACUGUACCACACAGGGAGCGUGCUGAGCGCGGCGGACGAGAGACUAGAAGGACAGUUCGACCACAGGGAAAUGGAGUGCUUGUUGAUUGUGGGGUUGUGGUGCACACAAUCUGAUAAGAGAGAGAGGCCGAAGGCCAGUCAAGUGAUUAAGGUUCUUCGGAACGAAGCGCCCUUGCCGGAGCUUCCUAACAACACGCAGGAACAGGAAUUUUAUGGUGUGCCUUUUUAA